CCUUGUGCCACGAUGCCGAGCUGCCCCUGCCAACCUGGCUUUCCUUCAAGGCUUCACUUUGGCUAGCUUGACUCUCUAUCUACCUAUCUUUUAAUUGGUCCCCCUCCUCGGCUUUGUUUUGGGUCUUCGUUGUCGCUCUUAAAUUCGUUCAAAAUUCACUGCAAUCCCGCCGGACGCGCUCCAGGAGAAGAGGCCUAGCGGCAUCAAUUGCACAGUCGUCAUGUCGGAUUUCAACUUGGUGGACCCACGAGGCUGGGAGUACGACCUUCAAUCCAUAUACUCGGCAUACAUGGGCCAUUUCCAAUUGCACAACGUCCCCUGGUAUGAGCGAUCUUGGGGUGUCUUUUUCGAGUCCUUUGAAGAGUUUCUUACGUUCUCAUGGCCGGUCAUUACUGUCACCGACUGCUCGACGGGCAAGGCACACAUCGUGACGCGCAUGACAUCCAUAGGCGCAUUUCUCAAGAUGGUCAAAACAAGAUUCGGCGAGACACUCCCGCUCGUCGAUAACAUUCUGCGCGUCAGCCCAUUCGAAAUAUCUCAGCGCCAUCUGCGGACAGUAUCCGACUACGCGCUCUACAAGAAGCUGCACAGUACUCUGCCGGCCGCUGUACUGGCCUCCUCCAAACAGCGCGUUCGCGACGGCGAACAGAAGGCCAUUCAGGACCUCUGGCAAACGCGGGACAAGACGUUCCUCGCAAUUGACUUUGAAUGGUCGGAACGCAAUGCGUCCUCGUGCUUGGAGUGGGGAUACGCCGCUGUGCGCUGCAGCCACCUCGAGGCCGUCCGUGUCUGGCCGCCUGACCCCGAGGCCAACUACAGGAGAGGCCAUUAUAUUAUAACUGAAUACGCGGAUAGGGUUCACAACAAACAUCGGCCAAACUUUCCCUGGGCGUAUGCUUUCGGAGAAAGCCAGCUCGUCGGCAGAGCCAAACUUCCACAGGUGAUCCAGGCAGUCAUCAGCAGCAUGACCAGCCCCGACUCCGAAACUGUGCCCAACAGUCUCGUGCUCGUCGGGCACGGCAUCUCCGGAGACAUUCGCAGACUCGAGGAGAUGAAGAUCAAGCUGCCGCACAACGUCUUGAUCAUCGACACUUCCAGCUACGAGCGCCACCUUUUCAAUCAGGGGCAGCGCGGCACCAUGCAAGACCCGUCCGGAAAGCCGCGUGCCAAAGGGUCGAUACUAACCCUGGCGAACCUCCUGCAGUCGCUCAGCGUCGACGUCCAGGUGCCGUUGCACAAUGCAGGGAACGACGCCUUCCUGACGCUGCUCGCGCUCCAAAUGCUGCUCGACCCGGAGCACACGAAGGUCCCGAAUCUGCGCGGGCGCGCCUUCCAACAGAACAUCAUGCGCAACGCGAGCCGCCGCCCCCCGGGCUUGACAGGCGUGCCCGCGAGCCCCGGAGUGACGGUGGGCACGCCUGUCGUCGCGAUGUACGGCCUUCAGCUGCCCUCGCCGCUGCUCUUCGCGCACUCGCCGUCCAUGUCGCCGAGCAUCUCGCCGAAUCUGACCCCGAACACGCCGAACACGCCGAACACGCCGAACGCGCCGCAGGACCAGGACAGUCCGCGAUCGGCGGACUACUUCCAGCCCUCGCCCGGCGGCGGCCGACAGCGGAAGAUGAGCGGGCUGCAGCCUGCGGACGGGCGUGGCAGCGCGUCGAGGCGCGGCGGCCACUCUGCUGCUGCUGCUGCUGCUGCUGCGGUGAACGACGCCACGGAGAGGCUCAGGAACAUGCGUGUCUGAGGCGGUUUCUCUCUCGGGAUGUGUUUCACGCGUUGGGACUACUAGAGACUCGUCAUCACUGGUCGCUAGAUGGGACUGUUGGACUCCGAUAUUCGUUAACAUC